GUGAUGUCAGCGGAACCUGGCGGUCGGUAGGACCCCGCGGGUGUCUCCGUCAGCCUUCACCUGUUCGCGCGCGCACAGCCACUUUUCCACCUGGACCCGCGCUCGCGCGCCCCAGACCCAACAGUCCUUCGGCCGGUGGCGAACAUGGUUCCUUACGUGGGCUGCGGCUUGCUGCUGGCCUCCCUGGCGUUUCCGGGCGCCCUGCUCGCCGAGGUGGUGUUUCGCUGCCCGAGCUGCACGGCGGAGCGCCAGGAACCGUGUCCCAAGCUGACGGAGACGUGCGCGGAGAUGGUGCGGGAGCCCGGCUGCGGCUGCUGCCCGGUGUGCGCGCGCCAGGAGGGCGACCUGUGCGGCGUGUACACGCCGCGGUGCUCGAGCGGGCUGCGCUGCUACCCGAAGCCCAACUCGGAGCUGCCGCUGGAGCAGCUGGUGCAGGGGCUCGGCCGGUGCGCGCGGAAAGUGGAGACGGAGCCCGUGACGAGUCCGGAGCACAACGUCAACGAGCCCAGCGGGGAGGUGCAGGACCAGACGGAGGCCAGUUUGACCGAGAUCCCGCCACAGAAGAAACCCACCAAUAACAUACCUUGGAUGGACUCCAAGAGGUACGCUGUUCGAGCGCACUGGCAUGAUUUGAAGGCCAAAAUGAAGUCCAACAGACCGGAAGAAGUGAAAACAACAUCCCAGAAGUUGAGCCAGUGCCAACAAGAGCUGGACCAGGUUCUGGAGCGGAUCUCCAAGAUGCCCUUCAGUGAAAAUCGGGGCCGCUUGGAGGACCUGUACGCCCUGCACAUCCCCAACUGCGACAAGAGGGGGCAGUACAACCUGAAGCAGUGCAAGAUGUCGGUCCACGGACAGAGAGGCGAAUGCUGGUGUGUCAAUCCACAUACCGGUCAACAGAUCCCAGGAUCCCCCAUGGUGAGGGGGGACCCCAACUGCAGCCAGUACUUCAAUGGCCCGGAGACAGAGGCCCCCGUCUCCCCCCAGAAAUAGCUGGACCCUGAGCCCUCCAACAAUGGGUGCCUCGGAUUUAAAAAUAAAUAAAUAAAUAAAUAAAUGAAUAAAUAAAUAAAUUAAAAAAAAAAAAAAAAAAAAAAAAAAAAUCCGAAAAUGAAAUGGAAGACAGGAUUACAAACAGUUAAGCAAGUUACAGAUGUGUGUAUGUGUUUGUGUGCUUGUAUAGUUUUGUUUUGGUAUAAAAUGUAUACAGUCAAUCUUCAAUAACAUUGCAGGUUAGCAGAACCAGUGUUCAUGUUGUGGCACAUUAAAGCGAGGAAAAUAUGAAGGAUGAAGCAGGCGAAGAACAACAAAGGAAAAUGGUAUGGCGGGAAGUCUUGUCAUAUGCAUGUUGCAGAUGUAUCGAGACUAUACAUACAUAUACAGAGGCGUGCGGCUCGCUUCAUCUCUGCCUGUUCACGGGCCGGGUGCACUAAAUAACGUGGAGGCCCCUGGGCAAACGUGCUGGGACCUCUGCGGCUCUGACUUGCAUGCGGUCAUGUCGAUAUUUCACGUAACCUUGCCUUCCGUGUGGGCAGCUGCUGCCGCGCAGACCGGGCUCCAUCCCUUUCUAUUUAUUCAACUUUCAGUUUGGGCGCUGCAGUUAAGCAUGUGCUGUAUGUUAGGAAGUCCUGCUUAGUCCCGCUUCUCGAAACCAUGUACCGACACGUCGAAGACCUCUUGCUGAAGUCCGCGUCCUGCCAUCCAAGACCUUUGCUUAGAGUCAGCGCGUCCUUUUUGUGCUUGCAAAAUUUUGUUUUGGGAAGGAAGAAAAACGGGAACGUGUCUCUAGCUAUCAUCCUUUGGAGUGCCGUGUGCUGUAGCCCCUCCCUUCCCUGGGAGCCCCCUGCAGGCCUGGCUCUGUUGACGCCCACACAUGUUGCCCACCCAUGCUGCCCUCCCUCCGCAUAUUUCUGACCCCAUCACCCCUGUGGCCAAGUCCGACUGGGUAGGGCGCCGCUCGGCUCUGUUCGGAGUCGGGGUUUGUGGGGUGGGCAGCUUUACUAAUGCAGUGCUCACUGGAGAGACUGGCACAGCCAACCUGACAGUGACAGAUGUUACGUUACGUGGGUGUCUCUAUAUAACUAUAGGUUUGCUAAUGCACAGCUGCAGUGUCAGGCUUGCCACAGCACCCAGUUACCCAGAGUCCCCUGGGGCAGCCGUGCUGAAGUCCAGUAUGCCCAUGGUCCUGGUGCUUCUGGACAGGGUGCCUUAAAGAACAAGUACUUAAGGGAGAACUGACAUUUCCUCAGGCUCCGUGUCCUACAGAGUGCCUUCUUUCCGAAAGGGACGUGUUUAUACCCGUAGGGCAUCGUCGCUGUACAGAAGAGCCGCUCUGGCGCACUGCUCCAGAACGAUGAUGUCAUGCUAAUUACAAGACCUAAUCGGUAAGAAAUAACAAGUGAAAUAUUCAAACUGCCAAGUCAGAGAGACAGGCUUUCGCACUGGCCCGCUGUAGCAGCUUAGCGAAUGCUGAGCUGCUGACGUCUCGCAUAGACCAGGCCGUUGAAUGGAGCAGCAAAUGCCGCUCUCACAGUGUUAACGCUUGUCCCGGUGUGCGUCAGCAGAGUGUGUAUCAGUGCAGUGUGCGGUCCCCUCUGCUCUGCCGCCCCUGUACCCCCCUGCCACCUUUCGCUUUCCAGCUUAAUGAGGUUUCUAAUUGUGGCACCAGAGGCUGAAGUCGUCGACGCGGCCACAGCCUUUGUGGGGCUGAGACCUGCCGGGAAGAUGGGUCCGUUUUGGUCACUGCCGCUUGGGGUGUGUGCCGCCGCCACCGCCGUGGUCCCCUUUCAGCCCCUGGUCACACAGUGAAUUUUCCAGUAGCUUGAGCUUGUCCUAGUUCGGAGACAAAGUGAAAGAUGGUCCGAUCCCCUACCGAUUUGCCCCAUGAACGUAUUCGGUUGGCAGAGGGACCAGCCUUUAUAUGGAGACCGUGUCGCAGCACUGGCAGUUUCCGCGUGCCACGCCUCUUACGUGUCUGCCUUUUCUUUUUCUCCCGUGUCUGAGAAGGGUGAAGAAGAACGAUGUUUGAUGGCUUGGAUUAUUUACAAGGGUGAAGUUCAUAAAGUCAUGAUGCAUUUCAGCUGCAUUUAAAUGGAUAAACACUACUCUUAAAGUGAUAAAUGUAUAAACAUAUAGUCGUUUGGUAUUUUAAAGUCUUGUCCUGAUAUGCAGUAUAUCAUUAAAUAGAAUUAUCUGUA